AUGCUGCAGGGGUACCUUGAUGAGCAAUUUAUACAGCUUGAGGAGUUGGAAGAUGAUGACAACCCUAAUUUCGUAGAGGAGAUUGUGACAACAUUCUAUAAUAAUGCUGCUAGACUGCUACAAAACAUUGAACAGGCACUGGUUAGUCGACCUAUUGAUUUCACCAAGCUGGACAAUUGUAUGCACAGAUUCAAGGGUAGUAGCUCAAGCAUAGGAGCUACAAGAGUGAAGAAAGAAUGCACAAUAUUCACAGAAUACUGCAAAAUAGCCAAUGCAGAAGGAUGCAUUAGGACAUUCCUACAAGUCAAACAAGAACAUGCAUGUUUGAGAAGGAAGCUGGAAACUUACUUUCAGUUGGGAAGACAAGCUGCUGGACCAUCUGCAAAGGCAGGAGGUCAAGUCGGAUGA